AUGUCGCCGUUACCGGUCAGCUACAUGCCCUUAGAUGCAGGUGCCGCCACGUCGUCUCCGGAGGCGGAGGAGGUCUCGGUGUGCACCGUCGCCGCCACGGCGGUUGCCACCGGUCACCUCAUGCUCAAGCUCGAGGGCUACUCGCGGCUCAAGGGGACGCACCACGAGAACGGCAGCUACAUAGAGUCCAGUGUGUCCAAGGUCGGAGGUCACACCUGGAAGAUCCGUUGCUACCUCAACGGCAACAGCAAGGAGAACGCAGGCUUCGUCUCGCUGUAUCUGAACCUCUGUAGUGACUCCGUCGUCCUCGCCGAGUUCGAGUUCGCUCUGGUGCGUCACCAAGGCACACCGCCGGCGUACGGUCACCAAGGCUCGCCGAGCAAGACGUCGCAGGGCGUACGCACCUUUGGGGGCAAGGAUAAGUACUGCCGCUGGGGUCUCCCGCGGUUCAUCAGCGUGGAGGAGCUGGAGCGCUCCAUGUUCCUCAGGGACGACUGCCUCGCCGUCCGGUGCACGGUCACCCUCGUCCGGGAGCGGACCGUGAAGGAGAAGGUCGUGCAGGCGCACGACCUGGCGAGGCUGGGGAUGCUCUGCAAGUGCGACGACCACCUGUGCAAGCGCCAUCACGCGAGGCCUGCCGAGACUUUCUGGGGGAGAUUUGCCAAGUUGUGCCACUACAUCUGUCGUGCUUCUGUUUAUCGCGCGCGCUGA